AUGACAAGUGGACUCAGCUUAUUUGACCUGGUCAAUCUGUCCAUUGGAACGCCAGAGACUGGAGUGGUUAAUUUCAAUGCCCUUCAUACUUUGCUUCAUGCCAUCCUAAAGAACCUUAAUCUUCAGCAUGUUACGACUGAUAUAAGAGAAGAAAACUUCUUUAAGCCUCCUCCAAGCUCGUACGUACAGAAAUCAGCCCUAGAAACAGAGCACUUGAAGGAAAAAACAAGCCCGUAUCAUCAGUUGGAGGAAACAAUAUUAGAUCUCAAGAGACAAAUCGAUGGCCUAAACAAGCUGCCUAGUGGUGCAGAAUUUCUGAAAAUGAGCAGUGGGCUUGAGCAAUCAUCUCCUGUUAGUGACAUGUGGAAAAUCAUUCAGAUACGAAGAAAAACUGAUGCUAAUGAAGAAGGAAUUUCAAAGGCUAUGAACCUUCUCCAGGACAUUUUCAAUGAAAUUAGCAUACUCAAUAAGGAAAAAGAAAACUUGCAGGGAGAAGUUAAACAUCUGAAAGAGUUUCUCACACUGUUUGAUUUCAAAGGAUUGUUGGAUCGCCUGGCUGCCUUAGAGAGUUUUCGUGAUGAGAUAACAUCCAAAGGUUUGCCAGAUCGAUUAGCUGCCUUAGAGUAUUUUCAAGACCAGAUGUCAUCAUUCGAGGCAUCAUUGACAACAUCACCACAACAGCAACCUUUGGGUAUUGUGCAGCCAGGUGCCCAAGUCACUGAUCAGCUUUACCAGUCCAGUCCCCCAUUAGGCCAGCCUGAUUCUCAAUCUGGCCAAUUUUGUCAAUCAACAGCCCAGGACACUCUGCCUAGUGUACAACCAGGCUACCCUAACCAGUCAGUAGAACAGAAUCAGUAUGGCGGUGAACCAAGCCAGACAAGCCAGCCUAGUGCCCAAAGAGAUCAUCUCAUAGAACGUGAAACCCAACCAGACCAGCAGCAGAAACCUAGUACCAAGCCCAGUCAAGUGUACUACCCAACCUUGCAGGUGAGUCAGGAAUACAUUCAAACAGGUCAGCCACUACAUCUGGAUGUAACUCAAGACCAGCAGCCUGCCUCAGUUGCAUCUCAUUCCACACCCUCUAGCAGUUCUACAAGUGUUUCACCUCAGCCAAUGAUGCCAAAGCCCUCUGGCUUUGCCACAGUGAGUCAACCUGCAUCUUCAAAAACCUCCAUUAUCCCAGCUCACUUAACUAAUACUACUGAUAUGCUGCGUGAAAUUGGAAAACUUACAGAUCAGCAAAAAUCCUUGAAAAAGCGGCUCAUUGAGUUAGAAGUAACCAUGCCCACAAAAGCUGAUAUUACAAUGCUGGAUAAGCUGAAGGCUCUAAUGGUAACUAUAGCAAGCACCCAUACCUCUGGUGACCUUCCUGCUGAAGAGCUUCACAUAAAGCAGCUGAUAAAAGAGCUUGUAACAGAACAUGACAAGAUCUCAAGACCUGCUGUGCCGACAGAGGAAGAUCGCCACAGAUCGAGCGUGAAGGAUGAAGAGAAAGAAGAGCAGGAGCAUACAAAGGCUGUAGCUGAAAGUUUAGAAGGCCAGAUGGAUGAUAUCCACCAUCAGAUCUCAAGAGCUGCUGAGGAGGAGGAAGAAGACAGCGAAGACAGUGAAACAGACCUCCAGCUUGAUGGCCUUAGAUCGAGGGUCAAAGAUAUUGAGAAGGAGCUGAAAGAAAUGCGUGAACAGCAGGCUCAGGCAACAACCAUGCUUGAAAGUUCUAUGACUCAAACAGGGAUUCAGCUGCAGGAUCAGUUGGACAAGCUGAGGUCAGUCUUAGAGAACAUGAUGUCCUCGUCUUCCUCUCUUUUGUCCAUGAGCAUGCAGCCACAGCAACCAGAGGACACCACUCACACUGGCACCUGCCCAGGAUGCAGCAUAGACGUGAGUAACAACAUCAGCCAGCUGGUCACUCGCUUUGAGGCACUGCAGGAGAUGGUAAACAGCCUGAUGGCCAAGCAUUCAGACAUAAAGAGCAAAACAGCGCAGAGUCAGAACAAGGAUCAGAUGCAUCUGGAACACAUCCAGAAAGCUCUGGCUGAGCUUCAGGAUGAAUGUGAGAAGUUAAAUUCUGCCGCUGGAUAUAUAAUUGAAGAUCAGCAGAAAAAGCAGAAGGAUAUCAAUUAUUUGUUUCGAUCUGUUGAGCAUCUUGAUGACAAGAAAGCAGAUAAGGAGAAUAUUAAGACGGAAAUUGAUACAAAAGCAGAUAAGAAGGACGUUGAAAGGAAAGUGAGUCACACAGAAUUUGAUGAUGCAACUGAGCAGCUGAAUACGAUGAUGAAGGAGAUGCUGCAUAAAAUUUCCAGCCAGGAGGAAGACUGGCAGAAGGUUCUGGAGAAAUUCUCCAAGGAAAUGAACAGCAAGCUGGACCGCAUUGAAUUAGACCCUUUGAGGAGAGAAAUGGAAGACAAAUGGAAAAAUAUCCAAAAACAGUUAAAAGAUAUGCCACCACGUUAUGAUGCAGAUGAAGCAGCAGGAAUUAGGAAGCAGCUGUUUACUCGAUUCCAAUGUAUUUCCUGUUCCAGAUCACUGAAGAUGAAGACACCUGGCCCCAAGCUUGCAACAAUCCCAGAAGUCCCAGCAUUCUCCUCACAGAAGUCCAUACGCCCUCAUACUAUAUACAAGCAUAGCCAGAUCAGACAUCAAACAAGGAGCCUGAAGCCAGGUUGCAGCUCACUUAAUUAUGAAGCAGCAGUGUUGGAGAAGAACAUCAGACACUUGCGGAAGAUUCACUUUUUGCUGCGGAAUCAGAUAGAAAGGGUGCAGACCCAUUUUGUGGGAUCAGUCAGGGGCAACAGUCAGAUGCACAUGCACUGCCCACCAAGGAUCGGCCUGCACUACUGCACCAGAGGGGUAGCUGCUCUGAAGAACAUGUGA